AUGUCUAUCCCAGUAAAAUCUAACAAUGGGAUUGAUGGCAAUGCAUGUGUCUUCCAACUUGACCCUCCUGCACUGUGCUCUUUCUUUGACACUCCCGACAUCAGUGUAGAAUUCAUAGGGUACUUGUUGCUCGGCACUCAGCCCACACUUUACCCUCUUUAUUGUCCGCCUGCUGGUUUGAUUGACAUACGAGGUUUUCUUUUAUCGCUUCAGCCAGAGCUCACCUUGGUCACUUAUCUCUCAACCCUGAUGAUACAUAGUCCGGUGUAUGAGUCGCUGGACCUCGAGGUUCCAGUGUAUGUCCUAGUACUGCGUACAACUCCCACGCCAUUCCUUAACCUGCCUUGGAUACGGGGCAGAACUGGUUCCGACGACAUGGUGCACGGUGUUUAUGAUCAUGCUGGCGUGGCUCACGUAGACGAGCCCGAGACUAUCAUUCAUCUUGCACAGCAUCCUUCUGGAUACUACAUUCCUGACGUUGAGAAUUCAGUCAGCAGCUCAUCAAUCCUGCCACCGACGUCCCAGUUCGGCUCAUCCGUUAUCGCUUCAACCACUGGAACUGAAACUGGAACUGGCACUGGAACCGCAAUGCUUGGACGUCCCAAGAAGGUUCAAGCAGAGCAUAGUCUCCACCAAAUUAUGGAAACAUGUCUCAACUGGCAUAGGGCACUUGCGUACCUACGUGUCCAGUUGAGGAUUGCCAUUUGUUGUGGGCACUCCGACAACCCCCAUGUCCUUGUCAGCAUUGACUAUGCUGAGCGUAGACUCGAGCUAAUUCGCAGUUGUUGGCCUGAUUGCCUUGUUCGUGCCAACGUCGCACCUGAAGCUUUGGAAACGGUUUUUAGGAAAGAUUCCAAGGUUCCAAUGACGCAUGCUGAGGCUUCUCCCUGGAUAACCCAAUUUCUAUAUGAUAACCAUCGGAUUGUCGCCUACUCUAUGGACGACCCUCGCAUCUUCGGCUUAGGCAACUUCUUUGGGUUGGCCCAAAGGCACAGCAUUAUGAUCCUACUUCAAAUGUUCACACGACCCAGCGCCCACUUACUUCCAAUCAAGACCAACGGGUUUGCCACCUUCAUAACCCACCAAAUAGCAGAAGAGAUGCUUUAUCACAUAGUAUUCAGGACCACGACUACAAGUCGCAUUCGUCUUACCAUCGCUGACUUAGAGCCAGCGAUCUUUAGGCAUGCUUCCAGUCCUCCAGCGGACACUUUGGCCUUAGCGGGGUCCUGCUGCUAUCAAGCAUUACUGGUGAGACUGAUAAGCAUGUGGGGAAUAGCCGAUGUCAUGCCAGAUUAUCCAACUGCAGUUCAAGUACACACUGAGCUUCGCGAGACAGCUAUGAUGCUGUUCCAGGCAGAGGAUGACCCGGACAUUGUAUCGUUCAAGGCUGAACUAAGAACGCUAUGCACAAUCACUGAGACGGAUGUGUUCCGCAUUGGCCGGCCAACCCGAGCUGGCAAGCGAAAGGGAACUGGCCAAGUCCUGAAUUUGGUUGAGCCUUAG